GCGACGAGAGAGGUCAGCAGUGCCUGCGUUUAGAUUGCGGAAUCAAGCUGAGGAAGAUAGAUUUCCCGUUUGUUUCGAAUCGGUAUUUAGAAUAUGUAUGAUUUUGUUUAAAGCUAGUAGUUGGAAUCUUUUUACGGAUUAACCUAAGAGAUUCCUGGUUUUGGACAUUGACAGCGCGGAACAAUGGCGUGCCUACCGAGGUUUGUCUUCACAGUGUGUGUUUGCAUGUUUGCGAUAUAUGCACCGGAUCUAAUCUCCGGGCAAAUUCGUUAUUCUAUUCCCGAGGAAAUCGAGCAAGGGGCAUUUGUGGGCAAUAUCGCUCAAAAUCUGGGCCUGAACAUACGGCAAUUGUCAGCUCGCAAAUUUCGACUGAGCUCUGAUAAUGGCGGACGGUACAUCAAGGUUAGUGCUGACAAUGGAGUGUUGUCUAUCCGUGAAAAAAUCGACAGGGAACGUAUUUGUGGAGAAGCGGAUGUGUGUAUUAUACCCUUCGAAAUUGUUCUGGAAAAUCCCUUGGAGGUGUAUCGCGGAAAAAUAGAGAUUCUUGAUGUAAAUGACAAUCCCCCUGCUUUCCCGCACGGCAGCAUUGCCUUACAGAUAUCUGAAGCGAGUGCACCCGGUGUACGUUUCCGUCUCGAGAGCGCAGAAGAUCCUGACAUUGGAAUAAAUACCGUGGCCGCCUACACAAUCAGCUCUAGUGAGCACUUCAGUCUAAAAACACAGAAAACCGAGGACGGGUUUGUAAUUGCCGAGUUGUUGUUGGAGAAAUCUUUGGAUCGAGAGCUGCAAUCAUCAUUUCAACUCUUGCUAACUGCGACUGACGGUGGAACCCCUCAAAGAUCAGGCACAACUCAGAUUCGCAUUAAUGUAUUGGACAUCAAUGAUAAUCCACCAGUGUUCGACCAGGAUAUUUACAGGGGGAGUAUAAGCGAGAACUCCGCCAAUGGUAUCUCGGUAUUGAAAGUCAAAGCACACGAUAUGGACGAAGGACUGAAUGGGGAGAUAUCAUAUUCUUUUAGUGAUGUCGCCGUGCGAAAGGUUCGUAAUUUGUUCAGUUUAGACCCAGAUACUGGAGAGAUUCGAGUUGGUGGGCACUUGGAUUUUGAAGAAACAAAGGUCUAUUAUCUAGAUGUUCAAGCUAUAGAUCACGGCUUGGCUGCAAUGACAGGACACUCCAAAGUGUUGAUCAAAAUAAUGGACGUAAACGACAAUGCUCCCGAGAUACAGGUGACAUCAGCUUCCAAUAAAAUCUCGGAAAAUGCUCCGCCAGGGACUUUGAUAACGUUGGUCAAUGUUAUGGAUCGUGAUUCAGGAGAGAAUGGCCAAGUCCGCUGUUCGUUACCAAAGAACAUACCAUUUAAACUACAAACAGCAUCGGAUCAUUACAAAUUAAUUACCAGUGAAAUGUUGGACCGUGAAGCGAUAUCUCAGUAUAAUGUGACUAUUUCGGCAUGGGACUUGGGGUCGCCUUCACUCUCCGCAAAUCUAACCAUCCAGAUUACCAUUUCAGACGUAAACGACAACGCCCCUUGGUUUGCUGAAUCAUCCUACAAUGUAUAUGUGAUGGAGAAUAACGCCCCAGGUACAUCAAUGUUCACAGUAUCUGCAAUGGAUGCUGAUAUAGAACAAAAUUGCUAUGUAUCUUACUCCAUUGUGGAUAAACACAUAGAAAACCUGCCAGUUUCCACUUACCUCAGCAUCAACGCAAUUAACGGGACCAUGUAUGGGUUACACUCCUUUGAUUAUGAGAAACUCAAAAACUUCCAAAUACAAGUUCAAGCCCGUGACGCAGGGGUGCCUCCAUUGAGCAGCAGUGCUAUGCUGAAUGUCAUCAUUCUGGAUCAAAAUGACAAUGCUCCGAUAUUUGUUUCACCGCCAGGACAGAGUGAAUCGGCAGCAAUGGAGAUCGUGCCCCGGUCAGCGGGUCAAGGGUACCUGGUCACCAAGAUAAUGGCAACUGAUGCAGAUUCUGGUCAGAAUGGUCGGUUCAUUUAUCAGAUAGUGAAAUCUACUCAUCCCAGUUUGUACAAAGUUGGGCAAAAUUCCGGUGAAAUUAGAACAGCGCGCAACAUCCUACAGUCAGAUAUUUCUGUACAAACACUGGUCAUCUUGGCGAAGGACAACGGGCAGCCAAGCCUCUCCAGUACGGUUACAAUUAACAUUAAAAUAUUGGAGAACAGCACUGAAGGAAUCGCGGAUACAAGCAUCUUAUUGAUGGAUCCAGAAUAUUUCCCUGAUCCAAACGUUUAUUUAAUCGUCAUUUUCAGUUGCACUUCCGUUGUCUUUCUUCUGAUCAUUAUUCUGUUGAUUGGCAUCAAGUGUAAACAAGACAGAAAUAAUAUUCAAGAGUAUAACUCCCGCAGUUAUUGUUACAAUCGUGGGGAUUCUCACGAUACGUUUAAAGGAAGGCCUGCCAUGGAGGAAACUUUACGCUAUCCUGGGACAGGUCAGGUAGUCCGCGUUGCAGAUAUGAAUCAUUACUCGGUCUGUCUGUCUCCAGAGUCAGCGAAAAGUGAUUUUCUCUUCUUGAAGCCAUGCGGCGCUUCCACCUCUCAAGCUCAAAGCGAGCAGUGCAGCUUUAAGAAUUGUAGCUGCAAUUGUCGAAAAGAACUGACCGUGUCGCUGUCCACCAAUGAGAAGCUCAAGUGCACAGAUGGAUCCAUUGCCCCUCCCACAUCCCAGAAUAAAAACGUCAGACGCGACGAGAGAGGAGAGCAGUGCCUGCGAGAGGCCUGGUUUUGGACAUUGACUGAGCGCGGAACAAUGGCGUACCGACCGAGGUUUGCCUUCACUGUGUUUGUGUGCAUGUUUACGAAAUGUGCACCUGGUCUAAUUUCCGGGCAAAUGUAUUAUUCUAUUCCAGAGGAAAUGGAGCAGGGGGCAUUUGUUGGGAAUAUCGCCGAGGAUUUGGGGCUGAAUGUAUGGCAAAUGUCUGCUCGGAAAUUACGACUGAAUUCUGAUAAUGGCGGACGGUACCUGAAGGUUAAUUUGGAGAAUGGAAUAUUGUCUCUUCGUGAAAGAAUCGACAGGGAACGUAUUUGCAGACAGGACGAUAAGUGUACUAUAUCUUUCGAAACAAUACUGGAAAAUCCUUCGGAGGUGCAUCGCGGAAAAAUCGAGAUUUUUGAUGUAAAUGACAAUGCGCCCACUUUCCCGCACAACAGCAUGGUGCUACAGAUAUCGGAAGCGAGCGCACCCGGUGUACGUUUCCGUCUCGAGAGCGCAGAUGAUGCUGACAUUGGAAUAAAUACCGUGGCCGCCUACACAAUCAGUUCCAGUGCGUACUUUAGUCUGAAAACACAGAAAACCGAUGACGGGUUUAUAAUUGCCGAAUUGCUGUUGGAGAAAUUUUUGGACCGAGAGAUGCAAUCAUCAUUUCAAUUCGUGUUUACUGCGACUGACGGCGGGACCCCUCAGAGAUCAGGCACAACUCAGAUUCUCAUUUCUGUGUUGGACUUCAAUGAUAAUCAGCCUGUAUUCGAUCGUGAUAUUUACAGGGGAAGCGUAAGCGAGAACUCCACCAAAGGUACCUUAGUGAUGAAAGUCAAAGCAAAUGAUAUGGAUGAAGGACAGAAUGCUAAGAUAACAUAUUUGUUUAGUGAUGUUGCCGUGCGAAAAGCUCGUAAUUUGUUCCGUUUAGACCCGGAUACCGGUGAUAUUCGCAUUGAAGGGCCCUUGGAUUUUGAACAGGCAAACAGCUAUGCUCUAGAUGUUAAAGCUGUGGACCACGGCUCGCCUGCAAUGACUGGGCACUCCAAAGUGCUGAUCAAAGUAAUUGAUGUGAACGAUAAUGCACCCGAGAUGAAGGUGACAUCAGCUUCCAACAAAAUCCCGGAAAAUGCUCCGCCGGGAACUUUCGUAACGUUGAUCAGUGUUAUGGAUUGAGAUUCUGGAGAGAACGGCCAAGUCCGCUGCCAGAUCCCAAAUAACAUUCCAUUUAAACUACAAUCAGCGACGGAUCAUUACAAAUUAAUUACCAGUGAAAUGUUUGAUCGUGAAGUGAUAUCUGUGUAUAAAAUACUUAUCUCAGCUUGGGACAAGGGGUCGCCAUCACUUUCCGCAAAUAUAACCAUUGAGAUUAUAAUUUCAGACGUUAAUGAUAACACGCCACGGUUUGCUGAAUCUUCCUACAACAUUUAUGUCAUGGAAAAUAAUGUUCCGGGUGCGUCCAUUUUCACAGUAACUGCAACGGAUCCUGAUCUGGAGCAGAAUUCCUAUGUUUCCUACGCUUUUCUGGAGAAUCAAGUCAAACACUUGCCAGUGUCCACUUACCUGACCAUUAACUCGAUGAACGGAACAAUUUAUGCGCUGCGCUCGUUUGACUAUGAGAAUCUCAAAAACUUCCAGAUACACGUUCAAGCCCGUGACGCUGGGGUACCUCCGCUGAGUAGCAGCGCCACGGUGAAUGUGAUCGUCCUGGAUCAAAAUGACAACGUUCCGGUAAUCGUUUCACCUUCGGAACAAGGUGGAUCAGCAACAGAGGAGAUCGUGCCCCGGUCAGCCGGUCAAGGGCACUUGGUCGCCAAGAUAAUGGCAACUGAUGCAGAUUCUGGUCAGAAUGCACGGCUCUUUUAUCAGAUGGUGAAAUCUACCGAUCCCAGUUUGUUCAACGUUGGGCAAGAUUCUGGUGAAAUCAGAACUGCGCGCAAUAUUUUGCAGACAGAUGCGACUACACAAACUCUGGUCAUCUUGGUGAAGGACAAUGGGCAGCCAAGCCUCUCCAGCGCCGUUACAAUGAAUAUUAGAGUUUUGGAGAACAGCACUGAAGCAAUGUCCGAAAGCAGUAGCUUGGUGAAAAAUCCAGGGGGGGUUUCUGAUCCAAAUGUUUACUUAAUCAUCAUUUUCAGUUGCACUUCCGCUGUCUUUCUUCUGAUCAUCGUUCUGUUGAUUGGCAUCAAGUGUAAACAGGACAGAAGUAUUAUCCAAGCGUAUAACUCCCCCAGUUAUUGUUACAAUCGUGGAGAUUCACAGGGCACGUUUAAUGGAAGAGCCGUCAUGGAGGAAACUUUACGCUAUCCUGGAACAGGUCGGGUAGCCCGCGUGCCGGAAUCGAAUCAGUACUCUGUAUGUCUAUCUCCAGAGACAGCUAAAAGCGAUUUUCUCUUCUUGAAGCCAUGCGGAGCUCCUCUCUCUCAGGCUCAAUGCACUGUUGGAGCAUGGACAAAUCAAUGGCGCGCGAUUGAAAAACUGAACAUCAUCUUCCAAAUGGACGUUGGAACCCCCUGGAUCUCAGCACUGUUGUCUCUUAUCAUUUCGGCGCACCACAAGGCUUUGUGCUCAGUCCUUUUCACGCACGACUGUAUUGAUAAGCACAGCUCCAACAUCAUCUUUAAGUUUGCUGACGACAGGACCAUCCUGGGCAUCAUCACGGACAAUAAUGAAACAACCUAUAGAGAGGAGAUUAUAUAUAUAUAUAUAUUUAAAUAUUGGAACAUUUUACGGAUUACCCGAGGAGAGGCCUGGUUUUGGACAUUGACUGAGCGCGGAACAAUGGCGUACCGACCGAGGUUUGCCUUCACUGUGUUUGUGUGCAUGUUUACGAAAUGUACACCUGGUUUAAUUUCCGGGCAAAUGCAUUAUUCUAUUCGCGAGGAAACAGCGCUGGGGGCAUUUGUUGCGAAUAUCGCCGAGGAUUUGGGGCUUAAUGUAUGGCAAAUGUCUGCUCGCAAAUUACGAUUGAAGUCUGAUAAUGGCGGACGGUACCUGAAGGUUAAUUUGGAGAAUGGAAUAUUGUCUCUUCGUGAAAGAAUCGACAGGGAACGUAUUUGCGGACAGGACGAUAAGUGUACUAUAUCUUUCGAAACAAUACUGGAAAAUCCUUCCGAGGUGCAUCGCGGAAAACUCGAGAUUUUUGAUGUAAAUGACAAUGCGCCCACUUUCCCGCACGGCAGCAUUGUGCUCCAGAUAUCGGAAGCGAGCGCACCCGGUGUACGUUUCCGUCUCGAGAGCGCAGAUGACGCUGACAUUGGAAUAAAUACCGUGGCAGUCUACACAAUCAGUUCCAGUGCGUACUUUAGUCUAAAAACACAGAAAACCGAUGACGGAUUUAUAAUUGCCGAAUUGUUGUUAGAGAAAUCUUUGGACCGCGAGAUGCAAUCAUCAUUUCAACUCUUGUUUACUGCGGCUGACGGUGGGACCCCUCAGAGAUCAGGCACAACUCAGAUUCUCAUUUCUGUGUUGGACAACAAUGAUAAUCAGCCUGUGUUCGAUCGUGAUAUUUACAGGGGAAGCGUAAGCGAGAACUCCACCAAAGGUACAUCAGUGAUGAAAGUCAAAGCAAAUGAUAUGGAUGAAGGACAGAAUGCUAAGAUAACAUAUUUGUUUAGUGAUGUUGCCGUGCGAAAAGCUCGUAAUUUGUUCAGUUUAGACCCAGAUACCGGGGAGAUUCGCAUUGAAGGCCCCUUGGAUUUUGAACAAGCAAACGGCUAUGCUCUAGAUGUUAAAGCUGUGGACCACGGUUCACCUGCAAUGACUGGACACUCCAAAGUGCUGAUCAAAGUAAUUGAUGUGAACGAUAAUGCACCCGAGAUAGAGGUGACAUCAGCUUCCAACAAAAUCCCGGAAAAUGCUCCGCCAGGAACUUUCGUAACGUUGAUAAGUGCUAUGGAUCGAGAUUCUGGAGGGAACGGCCAAGUCCGCUGCCAGAUCCCAAAUAACAUUCCAUUUAAACUACAAUCAGCGACGGAUCAUUACAAAUUAAUUACCAGUGAAAUGUUUGAUCGUGAAGUGAUAUCUGUGUAUAAAAUACUUAUCUCAGCUUGGGACAAGGGGUCGCCAUCACUAUCCGCAAAUAUAACCAUUGAGAUUAUAAUUUCAGACGUUAAUGAUAACACUCCACGGUUUGCUGAAUCUUCCUACAACAUUUAUGUCAUGGAAAAUAAUGCUCCGGGUUCGUCCAUUUUCACAGUAACUGCAACGGAUCCUGAUCUGGAGCAGAAUUCCUAUGUUUCCUACGCUUUUCUGGAGAAUCAAGCCAAAAACUCGGCAGUGUCCACUUACCUGACCAUUAACUCAAUGAACGGUACAAUUUAUGCACUGCGCUCGUUUGACUAUGAGAAUCUCAAAAACGUCCAGAUACACGUUCAAGCCCGUGACGCUGGGGUGCCUCCGCUGAGUAGCAGCGCCACGGUGAAUGUGAUCGUCCUGGAUCAAAAUGACAACGCUCCGGUAUUUAUUUCACCUUCGGAACAAGGUGGAUCAGCAACAGAGGAGAUCGUGCCCCGGUCAGCCGGUCAAGGGCACUUGGUCACCAAGAUAAUGGCAACUGAUGCAGAUUCUGGUCAGAAUGCGCGGCUCUUUUAUCAGAUGGUGAAAUCUACUGAUCCCAGUUUGUUCAACGUUGGGCAAAAUUCCGGUGAAAUCAGAACUGCGCGCAAUAUUUUGCAGACAGAUGCGACUACACAAACUCUGGUCAUCUUGGUUAAGGACAAUGGGCAGCCAAGCCUCUCCAGCGCCGUUACAAUGAAUAUUAGAGUUUUGGAGAACAGCACUGAAGCAAUGUCCGAAAGCAGUACCUUGGUGAAAAAGCCGGGGGUUUUUUCUGACCCAAACGUUUAUUUAAUCGUAAUUUUCAGUUGCACGUCCGCUGUCUUUCUUCUGAUCAUCGUUCUGUUGAUUGGCAUCAAAUGUAAACAGGACAGAAGUAUUAUCCAAGCGUAUAACACCCCCAGUUAUUGUUACAAUCGUGGAGAUUCACAGGGCACGUUUAAUGGAAGAGCCGUCAUGGAGGAAACUCUACGCUAUCCUGGGACAGGCCGCGUAGCCCGUGUGCCGGAAUCGCAUCAGUACUCUGUCUGUCUGUCUCCAGAGUCAGCUAAAAGCGAUUUUCUCUUCUUGAAGCCAUGCGGAGCUCCUCUCUCUCAGACUGAGGAACAUAUCCCGACUGUUUCGAUUCUGUAUUUAGAUUAUAUAUAUAUAUAUAUAUUUAAAUCUUGUGAUUGGAACAUUUUACGGAAUAGCCGAGUAGAGGCCUGGUUUUGGACAUUGACUGAGCGCGGAACAAUGGCGUACCGACCGAGGUUUGCCUUCACUGUGUUUGUGUGCAUGUUUACGAAAUGUACACCUGGUCUAAUUUCCGGGCAAAUGCGUUAUUCUAUUCGCGAGGAAACGGCGCUGGGGGCAUUUAUUGCGAAUAUCGCCGAGGAUUUGGGGCUUAAUAUCUGGCAAUUGUCUGCUCGCAAAUUACGAUUGAAGUCUGAUAAUGGCAGACGGUACCUGAUGGUUAAUUUGGAGAAUGGAAUAUUGUCUCUUCGUGAAAGAAUCGACAGGGAACGUAUUUGCGGACAGGACGAUAAGUGUACUAUACUUUUCGAAACAAUACUGGAAAAUCCUUCCGAGGUGCAUCGCGGAAAACUCGAGAUUUUUGAUGUAAAUGACAAUGCGCCCACUUUCCCGCACAGCAGCAUUGUCCUCCAGAUAUCGGAAGCGAGCGCACCCGGUGUACGUUUCCGUCUCGAGAGCGCAGAUGAUGCUGACAUUAGAAUAAAUACCGUGGCCGCCUACACAAUCAGUUCCAGUGCGUACUUUAGUCUAAAAACACAGAAAACCGAUGACGGGUUUAUAAUUGCCGAAUUGCUGUUGGAUAAAUUUUUGGACCGAGAGAUACAAUCAUCAUUUCAACUCUUGUUUACUGCGACUGACGGUGGGACCCCUCCAAGAUCAGGCACAACUCAGAUUCUCAUUUCUGUGUUGGACUUCAAUGAUAAUCAGCCUGUGUUCGAUCGUGAUAUUUGCAGGGGAAGUGUAAGCGAGAACUCCAUCAAAGGUACCUCAGUGAUGAAAGUCAAAGCAAAUGAUAUGGAUGAAGGACAGAAUGCUAAGAUAACAUAUUUGUUUAGUGAUGUUGCCGUGCGAAAAGCUCGUAAUUUGUUCCGUUUAGACCCAGAUACCGGGGAGAUUCGCAUUGAAGGCCCCUUGGAUUUUGAACAAGCAGACGGCUAUACUCUAGAUGUUACAGCUGUGGACCACGGCUCGCCUGCAAUGACUGGACACUCCAAAGUGCUGAUCAGAGUAAUUGAUGUGAACGAUAAUGCACCCGAGAUAGAGGUGACAUCAGCAUCCAACAAAAUCCCGGAAAAUGCUCCGCCAGGAACUUUCGUAACGUUGAUCAGUGUUAUGGAUCGAGAUUCUGGAGAGAACGGCCAAGUCCGCUGCCAGAUCCCAAAUAACAUUCCAUUUAAACUACAAUCAGCGACGGAUCAUUACAAAUUAAUUACCAGUGAAAUGUUUGAUCGUGAAGUGAUAUCUGGGUAUGAAAUAUAUAUUUCAGCUUGGGACAAAGGGUCGCCAUCACUGUCCGCAAAUAUAACCAUUGAGAUUAUAAUUUCAGACGUUAAUGAUAACACUCCACGGUUUGCUGAAUCUUCCUACAACAUUUAUGUCAUGGAAAAUAAUGUUCCGGGUGCGUCCAUUUUCACAGUAACUGCAACAUAUCCUGAUCUGGAGCAGAAUUCUUAUGUUUCCUACGAUUUUCUGGAGAAUCAAGUCAAAAACUUGCCAGUGUCCACUUACCUUACCAUUAACUCGAUGAACGGUACAAUUUAUGCGCUGCGCUCGUUUGACUAUGAGAAUCUCAAAAACUUUCAGAUAUACGUUAAAGCCCGUGACGCUGGGGUGCCUCCGCUGAGUAGCAGCGCCACGGUGAAUGUGAUCGUCCUGGAUCAAAACGACAACGCUCCGGUAAUUGUUUCACCUUCGAAACAAGGUGGAUUAGCAACAGAGGAGAUCGUGCCCCGGUCAGCGGGUCAAGGGUACUUGGUCACCAAGAUAAUGGCAACUGAUGCAGAUUCUGGUCAGAAUGCACGGCUCUUUUAUCAGAUGGUGAAAUCUACCGAUCCCAGUUUGUUCAACGUUGGGCAAAAUUCCGGUGAAAUCAGAACUGCGCGCAAUAUUUUGCAGUCAGAUGCGACUACACAAACUCUGGUCAUCUUGGUCAAGGACAAUGGGCAGCCAAGCCUCUCCAGCGCCGUUACAAUGAAUAUUAGAGUUUUGGAGAACAGCACUGAAGGAAUGUCCGAAAGCAGUACCUUGGUGAAAAACCCGGGGUUUUUUACUGAUCCAAAUGUUUAUUUAAUCGUCAUUUUCAGUUGCACGUCCGCUGUCUUUCUUCUGAUCAUCGUUCUGUUGAUUGGCAUCAAGUGUAAACAGGACAGAAGUAUUAUCCAAGGGUAUAACUCCCCCAGUUAUUGUUACAAUCGUGGAGAUUCGCUGGGAACGUUUAAUGGAAGAGCCGUCAUGGAGGAAACUUUACGCUAUCCUGGGACAGGCCGGGUAGCCCGUGUGCCGGAAUCUCAUCAGUACUCUGUCUGUCUGUCUCCAGAGUCAGCUAAAAGCGAUUUUCUUUUCUUGAAGCCAUGCGGAGCUCCUAUCUCCCAGGCUCAAAAUAUUUUUUUUUUUUUUUGCCGUAAUUCGAUGAUACGAUCGGUUCCCCGGUUUCGUCGACCUGAGGCCUGGUUUUGGAAAAUAUUUCAAUGCGGAACAAUGGCGAAUUCGGUGAAAAACAGAGGCGUUGCUUUCAAAACCUUCGCUUUCCUGAUUCUGGUAUGUACAUCAGAUUUGUGUACCGGGCAAAUCCGCUAUUCUAUUCUCGAGGAAUUGGAAGUAGGGGGAUUUGUUGGGAAUAUUGUUCAAGAUUUGGGGAUGAACGUACCGCAGUUGUAUGCUCGUAAAUUUCGGCUCACUUCCGAGGGCGCUGGACAUUACAUGAAGGUGAAUUUGAAUGAUGGGAUUUUGUUAAUUCGUGAAAGAAUCGACAGAGAGCAGGUCUGUGGACAAACAGACGUCUGUACUAUUCCUUUCGAAAUAAUACUGGAAAAUCCUUUGGAAUCGCAACGCGGGGAAGUGGAGGUUCUUGAUAUAAAUGACAAUUCACCCAGCUUCAGGAACAGCAGCAUUUCCUUACAGAUAGCCGAAACGAUUGCACCAGGUGUUCGAUUUCGGCUGAUGAGCGCGGAAGAUCCCGACAUUGGAAUAAAUACCAUCGCUGCUUACACAAUCAGUUCCAACGAGCAUUUUAGUCUAAACACGCAGAGAACCGAUGACGGUGUUAUAAUUGCUGAGUUACUACUGGAGAAGCCUUUAGACCGAGAGCUGCAGUCAUCCUUUCAACUGGCGCUCACCGCGACUGACGGUGGAAUCCCUCAGAGAUCAGGCACUGCUCAGAUACUUAUCACCGUGGUGGACAUAAAUGAUAAUCCACCUGUAUUCGACCAUGAAAUUUAUCGGGGCAGCGUAAAGGAGAAUACACCUCAAGGCGUGUUAGUUAUGAAAGUCGACGCCAUUGAUUUGGACGAAGGGCCGAAUGCCGAGUUAACAUAUUAUUUUAGCCAGCUGUCCUCAGCAAGAGUUAAAGAACUGUUUACUUUGGACCCGCACACUGGGGAGAUUCGGACCAAAGUAGGGCUAGAUUUUGAGGAAACAAGCAGCUAUUCACUCGAUAUUGAAGCUGUGGACCAUGGAAUACCUGCAAUUGCAGGGCACUCCAAAUUCUUCAUCGAUGUAAUAGAUGUAAAUGACAACGCACCAGAGAUAAAGGUGACAUCAACAAAACGCAAAAUUCAGGAAAAUGGUCCCCCGGGCACAUUAAUAACCUUGAUCAAUGUUGUCGAUCGCGAUUCUGGAGAAAACGGGCUGUUUCACUGCGAGAUACCAAAAAAUAUCCCAUUUAGACUUCGAACGUCGUCCAAAAAUCAUUAUGAGUUGAUUACCAGUGAAUCCCUGGACCGUGAAAGUGUCUCUGAGUAUAACAUACAUUUUCUAGCUUGGGACAUGGUGUCACCGUCACUGUCAACAAAUAAAACAAUCCAGAUUUCAAUAUCGGAUGUAAACGAUAACGCCCCACGUUUUGGUGAAUCCUCUUACAACGUAUAUGUGAUGGAGAACAAUGCACCGGGUACAUCUAUUUUCGCAGUGACUGCAAGCGAUGCUGACCAGGCCCAGAAUUCAUAUGUUUCCUACUCCUUUAAGGAAAAUCUUCGCCAAGACUUUCCUGCGUCCAGCUACCUCAGCAUCAACUCGAUAAACGGCACAAUGUACGCACAACGUUCAUUUGACUAUGAGAAACUUAAAAGCUUCCAGAUCCAUGUUCAAGCCCGUGACGCUGGUGUACCCCCGCUAAUCAACAGUGCUACUGUGACUGUGAUAAUCCUGGAUCAAAAUGAUAACUCUCCGGUAAUUGUUUCACCAAUACCACAGAUGGGAUCAGCAGCAGUGUUGAUGCUGCCCCAAACAGUGAGCCAAGGGUACUUGAUCACCAAGAUCAUAGCAGCAGAUGCAGAUUCUGGUCAGAACGCACGGCUAUCUUAUCAGGUGCAAAGAUCCACCGAUCCCAGUUUGUUCAACGUUGGACGAACGUCCGGUGAAAUCAGAACUGCCAGGCCUAUUUUGGAAUCAGGUACGACCACACAUUCUCUCGUUAUCUUGGUGAAAGACAAUGGGCAGCCUUCGCUCUCCAGUACGGUUUCAAUUCACAUCACAACUGUGGAGAAUAUCACUGAAAUAAUUACUGAAAUCAGCAACUUCGUAGCAAAACCAGAAUAUUUCUCUGAUGCGAAUCUUUACUUAAUUAUAAUUUUCGGCUGCACUUCCGUUUUCUUUCUCGUGGUUAUCAUUCUUCUGAUUGGCAUCAUGUGUAAACAUGACAGAAAUACCGUCGAAGAAUACAAUUCUUCAAGCUAUUGUUCCAGACCUGGAGAUUCUCGAGAUGCGUUUCCUUGCAGGCUUGCAAUGGAGGAAACUUUACGCUAUCCCGGGACAGGCCGGGUGCUCUCCGUCCCAGAACCGCAGCAAUACUCGGUCUGUCUGUCUCCAGAAUCAGCCAAGAGCGAUUUUCUGUUUUUAAAGCCAUACGGCGUUUCCACGUCCCAGGCCCGAUGCUGAAUUAGAAUGGUCGACUGACAUAAAGCAGCAACGAACCAUUGUCGGGCAAUGUUAUAUCUAGUUAUGCUAUUAUAUGGAGUGAAAUAUGUAUGCAAAUAUUCAAUUUGUGUUUACGCUGUUAAGAAAAGGAACUCAUUUCUGGAAAAGGUCGGAAAAAACGACGACCAACAUCUGCGAAGGAAAACCUACAAAUGAUCACCGAAUGUUGCAUUAUACCGUUUUUGAUCUGCAAACUACACAGAAACAUCUCAGUGCGUCCGCACAAUUGCAGACAUUGAAAACAUUUAUCAACAAGAAUAUGUCGUCAAACUUGUUGAAAAGGAUUAUGUAUUAAUCGUUUCAGCCAUCUAAUUGAAUCUGACGGUGAUUCUGUUUCGAUAUGUGUAGAUUUUGUUUUAGAUACAAUGUGCACGUGAUCCUCUCAUUUAUAUCGAUUUUAAACGCAAGUAUAUUACAUUGAAUAAAGGAAAAGCUGUAAGAGUAGUUGUUGUAUAUUAAUUUAAAAGUAGCUGCUGAAGUCUUUUAUUGUGCAGGUUAAUCAAAUCAGAUCCAAGAAUAAAAUGUUUCGCCGCAGUUGGCAAUAAAUAUGAUUGUACUCUAGAUGAGCACUAAAUGUAUAUUUGAUGGUUAAUAUAUCGUUCAAAGUGUUCCGAUUUAGAUUACUUCACAAUUCCAUCGCGAAUAUGAAUUCCGUGAUAUUGUUUGCAGCAGUUUGGGGAGUGAUUUCUGGGCCAAAAUAGCUGCGAUUGACUGGACAAAUCACAAGAGGCUGGGGCUAAAUUGUCUAUAGCAUCACGCUAUAUCCCAGGAAAGAAGAACAUUGAAAGGUUGCCAGGUGAUGUCUGAUUGAUGUCACCUGACCGAAGAGUCCGCAAGUAGUGAAGGGAGCCUAUUGGAGUAACACCGUCACCGACAGCGUCUGAUAUUUCAACUUGAGUGAUAUUACUUUACAGGGUUUUGCAUCAUUUCUGAUGUUCACAUUCUCGAGAUACUGGAUUCUGUAAGGCCGUUUCCACCAAGUGCCAAUCGCUGGAAAUCCAGUAUUUCGGGGCGCACCUUCCGUCGUUCGCUUUCCCUGCACAAUCCUCAAGAAAUCCUGGUUGUAGUCCAUUCGUCAGUUAAAAUGCCAACUCCACACCAGUGCAUGGAUUAUCAACGCGUCACGGGCAGCAUGUGAUGUGUAUGCCUGUUCGUGCACGUUUGUGAAUUGUGAACGUGCUGCAUUAGGUCGGAGCGUUUGAAAUUGUUUGAAAUUGCCAUGAUAACAGUGCAGAACUCCACGAAUGGAAAUGUGGACGUGCUUAUUUCAGUAAGUGAAUCGGUGCACAUUCUAGUUAUUUUUGAUACAUUUCUUACAGAAUAAACCAUGUUCGAAUAAUCUUUACAACCAGUCAUUUAAAUGAGGCAUUUGCAAAUAUCUUCACUAGUUAGUAUUUUCAUUUCAGAAUUGAUCAAUUCCCUUAUAGGUUCUCAGAUCUUAGCCUUUCCAGUUAUUACCUUGCUUGAUUUCCCCUCUCUCUCGCUCUUGAUGUACGGGCAAAGCGGAUUUCAAGAACAGGACAACCGAUUAACAAUCAUUCCAUGGUAAUGCCGCACAACAAUCCUGAGUAGGGAUGCAAGUGGUGUUGCUGACAAAGAUAGCUGGUGGGAAGUCAUGUUGCAUCAAUAUGAACCUGGCCACAUUUGAACUAUUCUGCGUAUUUCUGAUCGCCAUGCUACAGGAAAGAUAUGGUGGAUUUGCAGU